AAUGCUGGGGUGUGGUGGGGGCUGGAGAUGAUGGAGAUUUAGGUCUUUCGGAGUACUUGUGUUGCGUGUUAACAUUUUCUUUCUCUCUUUUGGUUAUUAAUAUUGUAUUGGUACUACUUCUCAGUAUCCUUUGGUGGCGUUUUUUGGUGGUCAAAUGAGUGAGUCAACGUCUCAAGAUCAGUCCAAACCUAAUCAGGACAAUGGAAAAGGCGGCAAGGACCAGCAGCAGGACUCAAAGGACGAAAAGGAGCCUGAGGAGACACCAACGAAAACACAAAGUGUUCCUGCAUCAGACACCAGCAGCCAGGCGAUGGAAGACACAAACGAGGAGGAGGAGAAAUCCCAAGAUGAGGACUCCCAUGCAACUUUCAGGAACGUUGUGUUUCGAAAACCUGCACAAGUGAUUCUUGGUUUAGAUGAAUACGAACUGAAGUUAAAAACACAGCAACCAUGGAAGAAAAAUUUUCAUGAGAUAGUAGAAGCAAGAGCCCAGAUCAUGCAGCAGAACGUGUUAGAGAAGGAUAGCCUGAAGAAGGAACAAGAAAAGAAGACUGCAAAAAAUCUCCCUAGGGAUGACUUGGCCAAAGAGUGGUUUAAUAUCGAAAGCAUGACACUAAGUCCCCGGGCGUACUUGCUGGACAAGCUUCUACCCACCUUGAUUCCGGGAGUAGAACACAUGUUAAUGCAGGUAGAAAAGAAGAAACUCUUGAGCCGAGCUGACAUCCCAACCAAGUUUGAUCCAAUAAAUUAUUUGGGGGAAUAUUUAAUGAGAAAUAAUACUCACUAUAUCAAAGACCCAGGAAUGUCGGGUUACCAGAGGGUGAUGAAAGAUGUCACCGAAGAACUGAAGGUACACGUUCCCGGUACAAUCAGCAACAGGGUAUCCAACAUGAAGGAGAAAGUUAAGCAAAAGAGAGAACAAAGAGAAUAUAUCAGCACAGUCAAAGUCAAGGUGGCCACCAUGAGAAAGCAGGCUCUGGAGGAGCAGUUCAGUGAAUGGAUUCUCAACCCCAGAGGAAUGGUUCCUAUAGUUGUGGUUCAGAAUGUCCUUUAUGAUUUUUUUCAGAAGCCAGAUUUGAAUCUUGAAUCGCAUUGCAAAGAUCUGAUUAUGAUCAAAUCUAUGGAACCUGGAUUGAACCAACAGCAAUUUAUACAAUACAUCUCUUCACACGUUGCAAACUUGAAAAGUGAAGUUUUUGAGAAACUCAUUAAACACCUUUGCCACUGUGCAGAAGGAUUCCGGGAGAUCGUGAAAACGGACAUGCGGAGACAGAUGUUUGCGGAACUCUUCCUCUACUGUGACAGUGGGAAGGUGAAGGCCUUGGAUCGGCAAAGGACACUGGCCUUGCUAGAAACAUUCUAUGAUCAAAGCUCACAAACUACAAGGAGUUUACUCCGAAACCCAAGACAAUGGCCAUUAAUUGAAUUUGAGGAGAUAGAGUUGUCUGAGUUCUGGGGAGAUAUGGAUAUGAAGAAGCAUAUUUAUGAAGACUUUGAUGAGGUGCUCUUAAAGAUGAAUGUGAUAAUGGCUGAAAAACUUGCUAGCAAACUCCAAGAAAAUGAAGAUCAAAAUCUCCCACAAGAGCAAAGAGAGACAAGUGCAGACCAAGAACCAUCCCCAGAAUCAGCCACAGAGCCAGGAACACCACUGACUUCAGAACAAGGAGCCAGCAAAGAAAAGAGACCCCACAAAGGGUCUCUUACAGGACAAGGACAGGGCAAAGGGUCACGCAAAUCAUCCAGUUCAGGACAAGGAUCUCGCAAAACGUCAGUAGCAGAGCCAAGAUCGCACAGAGGAGGGUCAGUUGCAGAGCAAGGGUCCCGCAGAACUUCCACAGCCGAGCCAACACAGCCGAGAGGGUCAGUUGCAGAGCAAGGGUCCCGCAGAACUUCCGCAGUUGAACAGGAGCCACAGACAGGGCAAGACCCAAACAGUGACUCCGUGUCAGAACAAGAACCACAGGAAGGGUCAGUCAUAGAGGAAGAAGGAUCACAGAGAGGGUCAAUUUCAGAACUUGAGCAACACAGAGCAUCAAUCGCAGAACAGCGCAAAAGGUCAUCUGUAGAUACUGGGUCUCGUAGAAGUUCAGAAGCCGGGUCGCGCAAAGGAUCAUUGAUAGACCAAGGACAGCACAAAGGAACUGGAGGUCAGCGCAAAGGGUCAGCGGGACGCAAAGCGUCAAAUUCAGAAUAUGAAACACGUGAAGAGUCCAUAACAGAAGAGCCACAGUACGAGUCAGAACAAGGAUCGCCGACGACAGACACCAUUCUAGAAGAACCAGCCGCAGACUCAACCUCACAAUUACAAGAAAGCGGCACCUUAAAAGAAAGUGAAGCCUUGAAAUUUGAUAAAAUGGAAUCUCAAGAAGAAAAGCCUUUGCCGACCAUAAAAGAAAAGCAAGCCAUAAAAGAAAAGCAAGCUGCCAUGGAUUCCCAACAGCGUGAGGAAGUUCCCGCAAACAGCAAAAAGCCAGGGGGCAGCAAAAAAGAUCGCCUUCCAGUAGGAGCUUCAAAAAUGGACCCUGAGAAAGACAAAGCCUGCGAACCGAAGCCCCAACACAUAGAAGGAAAAUCAUGGUCAGGUGAAUUUUUGGCCUGUGACUGGAAGGCACAAUCUGAAGAUGAGGAGCAGGCAAAAUUAAUCUACGGUGACUCCAGAUUCACAGACCUACAUGCGAUUGUUAGGAAUAUCCAGACUUACAAGGAAAUAAAAGGGAGGAGUGCCUUCGAUGGAGUGUCCCUCAACUUGCUGCAGUUUGUGCAACUCCUCGAGACAUUUGUUGGUGAAGACACCCCCUUAAGUGUCAGCCAGAGCCUCACCUCCUUUUUUCAGAAGAACUAUUUUGAAACAAAACAAGAGAAGAUGAAAGCCUUGGAACAGGCUAGACAAAACGCUUUCCGAGUCCGACGGAUACUUCUUCUAGAAGCCCUCUUCCAGAAGUGGGACAAUGAUGGCUCAGGCUUUCUGAGUCUGAAUGAAGUGGAUGAUCUCCUGUACACAUACAAGGAGGGAAUGGAAAGAGAGUCUAUGAAGAAAGCUAAACUGCACAUCCAAUUUCCAAAGCCACAUCCUGGUCAUGAAAUAAAGUUGUCUUCAGAGCAGUUUCAGAAGUACAUAGAAUUGGUUGUGGCUGAACUCAGGGGCAACGAGGACCAAGUUCUGGACAGUGUUGUGGAGUUUCUGAUGAGUUCUUUAGAGAGGAGCCACACUGAGGGUCUAAGGAACUGUGCAAGACGGAAGUGGCUCCAUCAGAUCCAACAUGCUGCAGAGACAAGUGGGGUGUCCCUGGAGCCAGUGUAUGCCGAGACCUUUAGGGCCCUCACCCAGGAUGCUGAAGCUCAUGGAAAUAAGAAGAUCAGUGCUCACAUUUCCCUCUUAGAAGAAAACCUCUUCCUGCCAGAGAGAGGGGAUGUUCUCUUGAGGAAUGUGGCUUGUACCCUAGAUGAUGCUCCCUUUGUACUGAACAAAGUGCUCUACAGGGACAUGAAAGGAAUCAGUUUUACAGUAGUGGAUGAAGGCAAGCCAAUCCAUGUCCCUCAAGUUCAGCACCAUGGGAACAUCUUCUUCUGGAAUAGUUCCCGCAGGAAGAGUGAGCGUCAUGGUUCAUUCCUGGCUCUGCCUCUUCAUGAUGCAUAUAUGAGGAUCUUUGGGGUCCUGGCAAUUGACACUCUUCGAGAUCCCCAUGAAGUAAACAUCUUCCUACAUCAUGAGAUCAAAUUCUAUCAGGGUGUUGCCAAGGCCUUCAGCAAUGCCUAUCACCACGUCCACAGCAGGGAGCACAUCCUGCACACGGUCAUCACUGGCAUCAGGUGGCUCUUCAGUGUCACAUCCGGCAUCGCCUCCAUCACCACGUUCUUUAUUGAACCUAGCUCUGAACAGGAAGACUAUGUUUUACGCAAAAUGAUGGUCACAGAGUAUCUCGGUCUAACAGAAAUCCAUACAGAACCCCCAACCAUUUCGAGGAAGUCGAGCAUCUUCAGAGAUUUUCUCUUUAAGUGCACAGACACUUCAGAAGUUAUCUUGGCUUCUAGCAGUGGAGAAACCCACAUUGUAAUUCCACUUCGCCAAAGAACAAGAGAGGCUAUGGGAGUCCUCGAUGUUAACAUCGGCCAGACUAGGAUGUUGAUGUAUCAAGAAUACAAAGAUCUACAGAAAAUGACGAAGAUGAUCCAAAAUGCCUGCGAUGAAAUACUGGGCGAAUUAUCUGGAGAAAUCAAGAAAAACGAGGUCAUAGGUAUUGUGGAUAUGCUAACAUACAUUAACAAGUACUUAGUUGAGGAUCUUUGUGUGUUUGAUCCAACUGCUAUCGAUAUGAACGUUAACGUAGAGCUUGUUAUGGACUAUGUCCUAGAUCAUUCUCGAACUGAAGUAUGGAGAUUUGGCAAUCUUGUUAUUGAAAUCCUGUACCACUGGUUACACAUUAAUUUGACUCUUAUGGAGCUAAACAAACAAAGUAGAUCUAUUUUACCUCCAUUGCCCAAGAAGAGCGAUACCUCUAUUCAUACAACAUUCACGGAGAAAUCAUUGACAGAGGAAAGCUAAGGACUGAUACUAUAUUUAGGAUGUGUUGAUUGUGUCCUAUACUGUUAAUAAUGAAAUAUUUCCAACUGAAAAGGGAUGCCCCAUUGACACGUUCUGCUCCCAGACAUUCACCUCAGCACUCUCUAAAACCAAAAGUGCUACCUAAAGAGAAAUUUAAAGAGUAUGCAGUUAUGGUGAUCAUAACCAAACAUACCUGAAUAUGUAAUGGAACAUAUUUGAAAACUCCCUUUUAGUUUGAGCUUUCUAUAGGACCUUCGACUACUGUGGCUGUUUGAGAAGUUACUUCUCAUUCCUUUAAAUAGGAAAAUAAAGGAUACUGGAGGGCCUGAGUGGAGAAAUGGCAGCUUUUACAUCAAAAGAGUACCAAAUAAUAAAGAUUUUAAGAAGUG